UAAAUAAAUAAAAUAAAUAAGAUCUCAUAGCCGCUCCCCACCUUGAGUCUUACUCACCGGAAAAGAAAAGACCUCAUCCAUCCAUAUCCAUUCAUCCCAGCUGGGCAUCCACCUGGGCAUCCACUGGGAUUGAUUCACGAACCUUACUACUCUUACCACCCUUACCACAUUUCACCACCUUUACCACCUUUUACCACCUUACCACCUCUUCACGAGCCAAUUCCCGAUACCCAAAUCAGCCCAACCGAAGCAAGCCCCUCCAAGUAGCUCGUCAUCCCAUCUUUUCACUUCUAUUACCUUCAUUCACCAUCACUGACGGGGUAUACAAAACCUGUCCAUCUUCCAGCCUCGUCCUUUUUCUUCCUUCGAAUUUCGAGUUUUUCUUACUUUUUGCUUUCUUCGCUCUCAUAUCUACCAACAGUUACACCAUUUACUGCGUAGAUACCAAACUGGUUCCAUCGUUAACAAACGAGAUUGUAUUUUGGAAAUCACUAAACAUUGCACCAUUUCAAACAGAACCAGCAAGAAGAAUAUCAAUAAAUCACUACAACAAAUAUGUCGAGACACGGCGCACCAUCACGCGUGUCGGAAUAUGAUGAGCGUGAGACUUAUUAUCGAGGAGCAGCCCCUCCUCCAGCUCAAGUUCGAGUAAGAGAGCGUGAUCAUGAAGAGUCUAUUGACUUCAGUACCAGAAGAGGUCCAGAAAGACCUCGAAGACGUUCAUUGGAUUUCUUACGAGAUGAUUAUGCACGAUCAGAGCCAGGCCAAAUGGUUGUAAGAGAAAGAGAAACAGAAACAUUUAAUGACAGACCGCUUGUGCGAAGACCACGAUCACCUUCUCCCCCACGUUUUCGUGAGAGAAUUGUAAGAAGUGAAGUUGGAAGACGGGAGCCGUCUCCACCAUCCGAGAGAGUCCGAACACGAAUUGUUGAGAGAGAAAAGGAAACUCAAAGAUCUCCAUCACCCCCACCACAACUUCGCGCCCGAGUGAUCGAGACAAGGCAAAGAUUUAGGGAACGAUCCCCAUCACCACCAGCACCUUCUCCAGUUCGCAUUCGUGAGAGAGUCAUUGAGCGAGAGCGAGAGAGAGAAAGAGAAAGAUCACCUUCCCCGCCACCACCCCAAGUGGAGAGAAUUCAUACCCGAAUUGUUGAAAGAGAGAGAGAGAACCAUCCCCAACCCCAUCUCCCCCACCUACCCCACCGCCCGAGAUCAUUCGAGCACCACCCAUUCACCGAGAAAUUAUUACACAUCAUCGCCACAUUGAUCAUGGUAAGUCUGCCUCUAAAUUCUCACCAUAAUUAUCGUAAAUCAAAUACUAAUCAAUAAAAAAGGUUUCGAAAGAGCUCCCGCACCAAGCCCGCCCCCACCUCCUCGUCGUGCUCACACCCCCGCACCACCAAAAACCGAGAAGACCGAAAUUGACAUUUAUCGCUCCGGCAACAGCACCGAAGUCGAUAUUACGAAAACAAAGACUACUACUCGCGAACAGGCAAAGUCACCUCCCCCACGAAGAGAAUAUUAUGAUGAUUCCAUAUUAUUCGAACAAGAGCGUGAUAAGUUACGUGUCCGAGACACUCGCAUAGAUCUUAGCAGAAGAAGAAGUUUGAGUGCUCGCCCUGAGAAGAAGUUGGAUCUCGACAUUCGAGAUGAAGAUGAGGCCGAUUUCUACGCCCAUAAAGUUCAAGAAAGAGCCGUUAUCGGUGAAGCAUUUAAUGGUGCUACGAAAGAUUGGACAAUCGUUGAUGUUCCUCCUGGAACUGAGAGGAUCACACUAGAUGGUGUUGGAGGUGCAAGCCAAGAAAUCACUUGGCAGAGAUACAAUGGUGUACGACGAAGCAAGUUCAAUCCUGAGCGUGAACGCAAGGCAGACGAAGCCGAGCGUAUCGAGAAAAAAAUCGAGUUCCGCGAACGUGAGAGAGAGGGUCCUGAUCGCACUACUGAGCGUAUCGAGAUCCGUGAGCGUCAAAGUGGUGCCCCAUCACCACGAGAAUCUUCAACUACCGUUGAUAUCGAAAUCUCAAGCAAUCGUAAACCACGAAGCCAUGCUAGUGGUCCAAUAUACGAGAGAGAAUAUGAACGUAUCGAAGAAAGCUCUGAUCGUCAAGUUGGCUUCCCAUUACCUCGUGGUCCACCAAAGAGCAGAAUGGGUGAUUUAUGGACUGAAAUCACCAAGGACUUGGUAGCUAAAGAAGCUAUCGAGGAACUUGGUUAUGAUUAUGAAGAAACAGAAUUCUUCUACUACAUUCUUCAAUAUCUCCGAUACGUAAGUUCCAUCUCUUUGUUCCUACAUUCCUUGAAAAGUAUACUAACAACCUUAUAGCAAGAUGUCGAAGAACUCGUCGCCCUUUCGGAAACCGUCCGUCGCGAACGUCAAGAUCGUAUCCGUGAAAUCGAACGUGAACGUGUUCGUAUUGAACGUCGCGAGAAAGAACGCGAUGAUUGGGAGCGUGUAGAGAGAAGAAGAGAGAGAGACAGCGGAUAUGAUGAUGAGCGAAUCAUCGAAAGAGAAAUCAUAUGGGAUGAUUCUAGAAGACGUGAACGACCUAGCAGACGUUGGUAAUUCUUUUCCUAUUUCUAGGGUUAAAUUAUCAAUUUAAGUUGCGUCGAGAACCAAGAUGCUCGCACAGCAGUUGCAGGCGAAUAAAGAGAAAGGAGGAAACGACAAAUCUUCUGCUCCACUUACUCUACGAAAUUGAUGAAAUGAGUCAACGAAACGAACGACCACCGAAAGACAAAAUACGACGUUACGGCUGCCAAAUAAUGACCUUGCACUUGCACCAGCAUCACUCAUCUCAUAUAGCGCUGUUAUCUUUCAUUGCUGAUUAUUUUUCAUUUUCGAAAUUUUGCUUCGAAUUUUUUUGUUUUUUCUUGGACGGCUUCGAAGUUUCUGUCCUGGGAGAUUUUUUUAUCUUACUUCGAUUCAUCAUCACACUCGUAUUUACAUUCAACCACAUAUCCGUUACCUCUCCUCCGAGCCGUCCACUCGUAAGGAAGGUAUAUGUUUAUGUUUGUGAACUACCAGAUAGAGAAAUAAGAUAACAUCGCCGUAGGGACGAAGAAAAUGGAUUGAUGGAAGGAAAGAUGGGAUCAGUUAUUUUAUUCGUGUUUUUCUUUUUUCUUUUCCUUUUUUAUGAUUUUUUCAUCAUUUUCCUUUGGUUGCGUUUGCGUGUUUUUCAUUGAUUGUAUUGCUCUUUUAUG